GGCGGAUUUUGGGGGGGGGGCCGUGACGGAGGCGGGGUCGCCUGAGCCCAGCCCAGCCCAGCCCGGCCCAGCCCAGCCCGGCCCGGCGCGGACGGGAACGGGAACGGGAACGGCGGCGGCUCCGGGGGCUCGGGGCGCUCGCCGGGAUGGGGGGACACGGGGACAACUACUACGGCAAGCACGGGACGCCACAGAAGUAUGACCCCACUUUCAAAGGUCCCAUCUAUGACAGGGGCUGCACUGACAUCGUCUGCUGCGUGCUGCUGGUGGUGGCCAUCGUGGGCUACGUGGUGGUCGGCGUCGUGGCCUGGACCCACGGGGACCCCCGGAAGGUGAUCCACCCCACGGACAGCCGCGGGCAGUUCUGCGGGCAGCAGGGGACCCCCAACGAGAAAAAACCUUUCCUUUUUUACUUUGACAUCGUCAAGUGCGCGAGCCCGCUGGUGCUGCUGGAGUUCCAGUGCCCGACCACGCAGAUCUGCGUCAGCAAAUGUCCAGACCGGUACACGACGUACCUGACGGCCUACGGGAACCCCGCGGCGCUGGAAUAUUACCGGAAUUUCUGCACCCCCGAGUUCAAGAGCUCGCAGAAGGCUCCCCUGGAGGUGCUGAGGGACAAGGAGUGUCCGGCCAUGCUCAUUCCCAGCACGCCACUGGCGCGGAGAUGCUUCCCAGCCAUCCAGGCCAAGAAGGGCGUCAUCAUGGUGGGCAACGAGACCACCUACGAUGACGGGCACGGGCGCCGCAGGAACGUCACCGAGCUGCUGGAAGGGGCCAAAAAAGCCAACGUGGUGCUGGAGACCCGGCAGCUGGCCAUGAAGAUCUUCGAGGAUUACACGGUGUCCUGGUACUGGAUCAUCAUAGGCCUCGUCAUUGCCAUGGUGGCCAGCCUCAUCUUCAUCGUCCUGCUGCGCUUCCUGGCCGGGAUCAUGGUGUGGGUGAUGAUCGUGAUGGUGAUCCUGGUGCUGGGAUACGGAAUCUUCCACUGUUACAUGGAAUAUGCCAAGUUAAAAGGGGAAGCGGGGUCGGAUGUGUCCCUGACUGACCUGGGCUUCCAGACCGACCUCCGUGUCUACCUCCACCUGCGGCAGACGUGGCUGGCGUUCCUGAUCAUCCUGUGCGUGCUGGAGCUGGUGAUCAUCCUGCUGCUCAUCUUCCUGCGCAAGAGGAUCCUCAUCGCCAUCGCGCUCAUCAAGGAGGCCAGCAGGGCCGUCGGUCACGUCAUGUCGUCGCUGCUGUUCCCCUUGUGCACCUUCUUCUUGUUGUGCCUCUGCAUCGCCUACUGGGCCAGCACGGCCGUCUUCCUGUCCACCUCCAACGAGGCCGUUUACAAGGUGUUCAACGAGUCCGCGUGCCCAUUCUCUGGGCACACCUGCCAGCCCGAGACCUUCAACACCAGCAACGUCACCAAGCUGUGCCCCGACGCCCAGUGCCUCUUCGCGUUCUACGGCGGUGAGACCGCCUAUCACAAGUACCUCAUCGUGCUCCAGUUCUUCAACGUCUUCAUGUUCUUCUGGCUCGCCAACUUUGUCAUCGCGCUGGGCCAGGUGACGCUGGCAGGUGCCUUCGCCUCCUACUACUGGGCCUUCAAGAAGCCCGACGACAUGCCGGCCUUCCCGCUCUUCUCCGCCUUCGGCCGCGCGCUCCGGUACCACACCGGCUCGCUGGCCUUCGGCUCGCUGGUGCUGGCCAUCGUCCAGGUCAUCAGGGUCAUCCUGGAGUACCUGGACCACCGGCUGAAAGCUGCCGAGAACAAGUUUGCCAAGUUCCUCCUGGGCUGCCUCAAGUGCUGCUUCUGGUGCCUGGAAAAAUUCAUCAAGUUCCUCAACAGGAACGCCUACAUCAUGAUCGCCAUCUACGGCACCAACUUCUGCACCUCGGCCCGGAACGCUUUCUUCCUGCUGAUGAGGAACAUCAUCAGGGUGGCUGUGUUAGAUAAAGUCACGGAUUUCCUCUUCUUCCUCGGGAAGCUCCUCAUCGUGGGAAGCGUGGGAAUCCUCGCCUUCUUCUUCUUCACCCAGCGGAUAAAGCUGGUCCAGGACACGGCGCCGCCGCUGAAUUACUACUGGGUCCCGAUUUUGACGGUGAUCGUGGGCUCCUACCUCAUUGCCCACGGGUUCUUCAGCGUGUACGGCAUGUGCGUGGACACCCUCUUCCUCUGCUUCUGUGAAGAUCUGGAGAGAAACGAUGGAUCUCCGGAGAGGCCUUACUACAUGUCCCCCGAGCUCAGCGAGAUCCUGCUGAAGGGGCACCUAGAACCUUCCAAAAGCACCGAUAGCCAAGGCUAGGGCCUGGCGCCGGGCGGAGGCCACGGGACCCUCCCGUCCCCCUGACCCCAGCAGCGACUCCCACGGUGCCACUGUGUCCCCUGGAAGUCCUUCGAGGGUGGCGGGUGCCGACCCUCAGCGCCCGAUGGUGUCCAAUCUACCUUCCUGCCCAAAAAUUCGUGUUCCUGCGUCGAGAGAACCCACCCGGAGUCGGUUGGGGGUCCCGGAAGCGCUCAGCGAGGAGCGCGGUGCCUGGAGAUCAUCGUGGUUUUUGGGGCAGAGAUCUUUGCUCCUGAGGGAGGGCCGGCGUGGCUGGCACGAGGGAUCCGGCGUGGAGGGAUUGGUGGGAUGGGCCGAGUGGGUUCCGCCACCCCAAACUGGUCUCUGGGCGUUUCCUCUGUGUCUGCUUCAGCCAAGAGCAGUGAAACUUUCUUUUGCCCUUUCCUCACCCCUUUCUUUCUGAUUUUCUCACCCUUUUCCUCCCCCGCCCCGUCUCUAUGCAAACCACAGAAUUUUUUGAAGGAUUUCGGGCGAGGUUGCAGAGCUUUGGCUUCACUUGUCCCUGUCCCCGUCCCAGCCAUCACAGGAGCUGUCACCGGUGGCCUUUGGGACUUGGUGGCCGCUGGGACUUGGAGGGUUUCACUCCAGGCAUGGGGGGAGUCAGGAUUUCUCCUCCAGAAAGCCCAGAAAUGAUCAAGAUUUUAAAAAAAACCAGCUUUUGUGCCUCAGCCACAGCUCCCAGCCAGACCCUGCCAGGACAAAGCCCUGGUGUUGAUGCUCCCAUUUCCAUCCCAGAAGGAUCCAAGUCCCUCUCAAAACACCCCCUGGGCAUUGUGAGCCCGGAGCUUUGUGGCUUUGUUUGGUUUUGGGGUGUUGUUUUUCCACGGCUGGGAUUUUCCAACCUCACCGGCGCGUCAGGAACGAGGGGAAUCGCUUUGCGUUGGCUCCAGAGCUGUUGGGAAGAGCUAAGGCGUCCCUCCUGCCCUUGGCUCUGUUCAACUUUCCCCCGCUGAGAAACAAAACACCCAAAUUCCCUUUUUCUUCCCAAUCCCUGCGGGCCGUUCCCAGCUUUGCUGUGUCAGAGAGAGAAAAACCCCGUUCGGCGAUGAGCCCGGGGACUUUGGGACCC